GUUUUACACACAUGCAUUGAUCUCCCCACUCUUUCCAAACAGCCUCAAAGCACAAAUGUCAAAACAGCUGUUAAGAGGAUUUUUUUUUGUAAGACGCUAGUAUCAUAGCCGGUAAACUCUCAUCUCCAGUCAUUCACAUUUUAAUAAAUUUGUUUUAGUGAAUUUGUGUUUUUUUUAUAUCAAAAUACGUAUAAAAAUCGAAAAAGAAACAACAACAACCAAAAAUGGAUUAUUACGAGGUGGAUCACGUAGAUCAAAGAAUCGAUAAUAUACCUGAUUAUGAGAUGUACGAACCGUCAACAGCUGAAGUGUGGGCGACCUGUGCAUGGCCAUCAAUAGAACAAAUUUUAAAAUAUUGUUUGCCAUUUAUAUUUUGGAAUAUUGCAUUUCGAAUAACAACACAAACUUUUCACAUACCACAGCCUCUUCAGCACAUUUCAUCAAUAAUUUGUGGUUUAUCAUUAUCAUAUACAACACUUGGCGUAGACUUUUCAUACAGUUUGAUCUUUACAUUAGUUGAGUACAUUGUGUUGUUGUCCAUUCCGUUUGUGAAACAAAAGAAGUAUGGCAUAAUCUUGACAAUAUUUUGUUUGGCCGUUUUAAUUUCGGGUGAAAUAUUGGAUACGGCAGUUUUAACGUGGCAUAGAAUGCGUGGCACCCAAAUGAUUGCUGCGGUGAAGAUAAUUUCUAUUGGUUUUGACAUUGAUCGAAAGUUGAUAAGAUAUUCGCCGAAUUUCUUGGAAUUUUGGGGCUAUAUUCUAUGCCCUGGAAAUGUGAUAAUGGGCCCAUGGUGUGCCUAUAACGAUUAUUUGAAUAUUUUCAAUCGUUCCAAAUGGUCAUACACUUGGAUAUUUCAAGUAAUUUUGAAUGGAGUGAUAGCCAUAUUUUUCUUACUAGCUUCAAACUGUUUCAUCGAUGCAUAUGUUCCAGAUUUUCAUUCGGCCUGGGGUGGCGCUUAUAAAGGAGCAUUAUCAUUUCGAUGUAGUCACUAUUUCGUCUGUUUUCUGUCGCACUGUACAAUGUUGAUGGCCGGUUUGGGUACAACACGCCAGAAGCAAAAUCGAUUUUUGGGCUACUCAAUUACGAGGCCAUGGCUCAUCGAAUUGCCACGAUCUUUGGUCGAUGUUGUCGUUUCAUGGAAUCUCUCAAUGCACUAUUGGCUGAAGACCUACGUUUUCUUGCAAUUGAUACCGCAUGGACGUUUCAAAGCAGUCAUACUUACGUACAUUAUAUCAUCACUACUUCAUGGAGUAAAUAUUCAAUUAUCGGCUGUACUGUUAACACUCGGCUUUGCUACAUAUGCAGAGCACACCAUUCGCCAUAAGGUGGCCGACAUUUUUGAUGCAUGUGUCUUGGCCAAUUCGUGUACCGAUUGUACACAUCGUCAUAAUAAUCGGAACGUAUUGGUCAUUGGAUUUAAUCUCAGCUUUCGCGUAUUGGGAAUGUUACAUUUGGCCUAUUUGGGCAUUUUAUUGGACGGUUUCGUUGAUAAACCCGAAAUUGGAGCAUCAAUAAAAACUGUUCAUGAACGUUGGAGUAAUUUGGAUUAUUUGAGCCAUUGGAUAAUUCUCGUGACAUUCGGCCUCGGUGCCAUCAUUUGAAAUAUAAUAAUCAUUACAUUUUAACCGUCAUUAUAGUGCUGUGAUCGAUAUCAACUCACCAAUUUUCAUCAACCAUAUUUUAAUUUUUAAUUUGAAUUAAGAUUUAAAAUAAUCUCAACAAUUGAUAAAUGCACAUUAUUCAAGAAAAAAGAAUCAAACUAUGGAA